AUGGCGGUACAGUCUACGUGCCCUCUGUGCGACUGUGUUGACUCAUGGAGACAUGCGCUGGUGUCGUGCACGAUGUCCCGCUGCGUGUGGGCUCUAUCAGAUGAGGUACUUGUUUCCAAAAUGUCGGAGAACUUGGAAGCUAAUGCUCGGAUUUGGUUGUUUCAGUUCAGUGAAUCCCUGGACCAUGCAAGCUUCACAUGGCUGGUAAUCACACUAUGGUCUAUAUGGUAUGCAAGGAGGAAGGCUAUAUAUGAAUCAAUCUUUCAAAGCCCGCAACAGACCACAUCUUUUGUGAACAAAUACAUUGAUGAGCUGGGCCAGUUGAAUGCCAGGAAGGAGCACCAGAUAACACAAACAGCAUCAUCUGCCCAGCAGAAGAGGUGGCUGCCACCUCCGAAUGGCAAGGUAAAGUUUAAUGUGGACGGAGCGGUGGCCAGGUCUUGGCGUGGAGGGGCUGCUGCAGCGAUAUGCCGGGAUCAGGACGGCCUAUACCUGGGAUCAUCGGCGGUCGUUUUGUAG